AUGGGGAAGAAGAAGUUGAAGGUUGAGGAGUCGAUACCUGAGAUGUUUCAGCAGACGGCGAGGAAGAGGCGGAGUGAAGGUCGGAGCUCGGGUUUGUUGCCGGCAGAACUGAUGGAGCUGUGGAGAGAGUUGUAUGGGGGGGGGCCAAUUCGUGAUGCGUUGAGUUUCCCGAGCAGCUUCCGGUACGGCGAGUCAAGAUUUAGAACCGGCGUGGGCAAUCGAUUGAUGAGGUACACUGCAACGGCAAAUGCAUAUAUGGCCAAUAACGUUUCGGAACCAAGGCUGUGGACAUUAAAGUCAUCCCCAUCUCAACUAUAUGACGAUGUUUUCUUUCUGAAAUGCUGUUGUGCUCAGGAGUGUAUGGUGGUGACGUGA